GAGAGAGAGAGAGAGAAACAGACGGAGAGAGACACAGAGACAGAAGGAGAGACAGAGAGAGAGAGAGAGAGAGAGAGAGAGAGACGUGCGCGAGCGCGUGCACAAGCUUCCUCCCGACUCCACUGACUGCUGCCUUUCAUCUACACGGAAUUCGCUUAUGGACAUGCCGAUGAAUGACCUGUGUGUGGAUACCAUUAUCCAGACUUUUGACAUCAGGUGACAAUACUAGAAUACUCCAAUGGAGACUAAGACAGGCAGUCAAGUCAAUAAAAUCUUGCAAGGCCAUGCCAGUUUAAAUUAUACAACGUAUUUAAAUGCAUCUCUUUCUCUCCACCAUCAUGUGAAUAAUGCAGUGCUGGGGAUCAUUCUGGGCAUGUUGUGUCUCCUGACAAUCAUCAUGAACAUUCUGGUUCUUGUCGCCGUGAGGAAAGAACGUACUUUACAUACCGUGGGAAAUCUUUACAUUGUCAGCCUCUCUUUAGCAGAUCUAAUAGUUGGGUCAACUGUAAUGCCACUAAACCUUGUCUACCUACUUGAGGAUGAAUGGAAACUUGGUCGUGUGGUGUGUCAGUUCUGGUUGGUGAUGGAUUAUGUCGCUAGCACGGCCUCUAUUUUCAGCUUGUUUAUUCUUUGCUUGGACAGAUAUCAGUCUGUUAGGCACCCGUUAAGGUAUCUGAAAUAUCGAACCCGAGGAAGAGCAACUCUGAUGAUUUGUUUUGCUUGGCUUCUGUCAAUGAUGUGGAUUAUUCCCAUUUUGGGAUGGAGGAUGUUUGCAAAUGUUGACCAGAAACCUGAGCUAGAAAGCAAGUGCGACACAGACUUUCGUUUUGUCACAUGGUUUAAAGUGCUGACUGCCAUUCUCAACUUCUACAUCCCAUCGUUCCUGAUGCUGUGGUUCUAUUCUCAAAUUUUCAUAGCUGUGCGAGAACAUUACAAGCAAUGGGAGAGCGUCACUAUUGCUAAAGUGGUGGCAGAUGAAGACAUUAAUGUGCAAAGCUUAAAAAAUCAGAGGACAUUCAAUAAAAUGGCUGAUGAAGAGAAUCUGGCCUUGCAGACUUAUUCUCAAAAGGAGGGUAUAUUGGAUCAAUAUACAUUAGAGCAGCCAUACAAUUCAAGGGAUGCUAAUGAAGAGAAUGGUGAAUCCACGAGCGAUAAAAAAUCCAAACAUAGAAAAACAUUUUUUAAGAUUACAAAGCCUAAGAAGAAAACAGUGAGGGACCCUCAUGAGGUUUCGUCAGUAAACCAGGAGAUAAAUUCAGAAACACCUUCAAAGGAUCCAUCUUUACCUCUGGGCUUUUUGCAACAUGAAGAGAAUGCCGACCUGAAGAAGUUUGUAUCUGUUACUGAUUGUAAUGUAUUAGUGCCGAAUUCAGUUGCUAAUAUUUGUGAGAUAACAACCAACACUGAUGUUCACAAACACAUCACCAUUCUCUGUAACGAUGAUGCUAAUGCACAGUCACCUGUAUCACAAGGGUCAUGGAUGCACGGCGACGGUCCAGCGAUAGACGGUAGCAACACUAUGACAUUGAGGCAAACAUGGCAGAAAUUCUGUGAACAGUCCAGGCAGUGUGUCCAAAACAUGCGCGUUCAUAAGGAACGGAAAGCAGUGAGGCAGUUAGGCUUCAUCAUUGGCGCCUUUAUGGUAUGCUGGAUCCCUUAUUUUAUCACCUUUAUGGUCAUGGCGCUGUGCAACUCGUGCGUCCAUCAUGACCUCCACAUGUUCACUAUCUGGUUAGGUUACAUCAACUCAACACUGAACCCCUUUAUUUAUCCACUUUGCAAUGACAAUUUCAAAAGAGUAUUUAAAAGGUUCUUUCGUAUUAAGCAGUAAUUUUUGUCUGUAAAGAUUGAACAUGUAGCAGCUGUGUAUGUCUUUGUAAACAGUUAUUUUUGCCUUUAUAUGUGCAACUGUAUUUUUAAAGGUUGUACACUUUGGACUAUUAUGGUAUUAAAGGCCUAUGUUGAUUGUCUUAUAUCUUUGGUGCUAACCAGUGUCAUUGUAUGCUUGUAAUCUGCAUCAGAUUAAGGCAUCAGUACAAAUACUGAUGAUAAAUGUUUAAUAAAUUCUCUGUGAGUUUU